AUGAGGCCAAGCGCUGACAUCACGCGCAGCCAAUCACAGCGCAGGAUCGCCCAGGCCCCGCCCACUGGGCUCGGUUUACGGGCAGAGCUCACACACUUUCCAGUAAAGCGCCGGAAUCCUGGAGCGAUGCCAAAUACACCUGUUCAACAGAAGUUGCUGAGAAACUCAACUAGAGGAGCAGAACUUGAGGAAGAUGAUCAGACUGAAGCUCUCGCUCAUGCACUGCACAUCAUCUCCUCAUCAUCGAAGACUCUCUUCAUCUCUUCAUCAUCGAAGACUCUCCUCAUCAUCAUCAUCAUCAUGCUGAGCCUUUUCUACGCGCUGGUUCUGUUCAUCUCCUCAGUUCAGUUGGAUAAACGCUCGGUGGAGAAUAUAAAGAUGAGCCUGAUUGAAUCUUCUUCAUCCUCGUUGCUGGAGUCCUCCUCAUCAUCAUCAUCAGCAGCACAUCAUAGAGAUGAUGAAGGCGCGCAUCAUCAUCUUCAUCAUCAUCACGCACCGCGAGUCCCGCGCGCGUCCCGAUCCAAACCGCGGGAACGGCACCCCGACCCGUUCUUCACCACACCGAGAACGUUCAACGGCUCGCUUCGCGUUCACAACCCGUUGUUCCCGGUAACGGAGGAGUCGUACAGCGCCUACGCGGUCAUGCUGCUCGCGCUCACCGUGUUCUCCGCGGGCAUUGUGGGUAAUCUGGCGCUGAUGUGUAUCGUGUGGCACAGCUAUCACCUGAAGAGCACGUGGCACUGCGCGCUGGCCAGCCUGGCGCUCUGGGACUUCACGGUCCUGUUCUUCUGCCUGCCCGUGGUGAUCUUCAACGAGCUGACCAAGAGGAGACUGAUGGGAGAUCUGUCCUGCAGGAUAGUGCCAUAUGUGGAGGUGACGUCUCUCGGCGUGGCCACGUUCACUCUGUGCGCGCUGAGCAUCGACCGCUUCCACGCGGUCACUAGCGUUCCGGCGCGGCUGCCGCGGGUCGAGUCCUGCCAGUCCAUCCUGGCCAAGCUGUCGGUGAUCUGGGUCGGGUCUCUGGUUCUGGCGGCGCCGGAGCUGCUGAUGUGGCGUCUGGAGCAGCGAGUGUCUCCGCGGACGGGUCUGCCGGUGGACUCGUGUAGCCAGGAGCCGUCCGUGGCGUUGCCCGAGACGCUAUACUCGCUAGUGCUAACGUACAGUGAGGCGCGGAUGUGGUGGAGAUUCGGGUGCUUCUUCUGCCUGCCGCUAUUGUUCACCGGCGCGUGUCAGUUGCUAACACGACACGUCGCCGACGAGAAACGCCCUUCAUCCGCCGCGUCGUCCGCGUCAUCGUCUCCAAAGAAGCAGCGGCAGGAGCGUCAGCUAACACGUACGGUGGUGGCGUUAGCAUCCGUAUACGCCGUGUGCAGCUUGCCGGAGAACGCUUGGAAUAUUGUGUUGGCGUCCGCAGGAGUGGAAGUGGGCGUGGCUACGCGGGCACUCCUCGCUCUGAUUGGCCAGUUCUUGUUGUUCGUUCGCGCGGCGGCGACGCCCGUUUUGCUGCUCUGCGUCAGUCGUUCUCUCGGCCAGGCGUUUAUGGACUGUUGCUGCUGCUGUUGCGACGAGUGUCUCCCGCCGGAUUCUUCGUCCACGUCUUCGUCCACUAACGCAACCGCCAUCUCCUCGUCACUUUCAUCGCCCGUACAGGAGGAGAAGCUGAAGAUCGUGUCGGGAACGUCGCCCGCGGAGUUCUUCGAUAAAGUCAAGGACGCUCCGGUUGAGCUGAUCAUUGGAACACCGUGUUGAUCCGGAACGUGUUUUCUUAAAAACU